CAAGAACCAACUGAAAAUGGAAUCUUUACCUGUCAGCAACGUUGAUUAACUUCACGAGGUUACUACAUUACAACUUGAUAACAGUUGCUUAAAAGUGGUUUUUUUUUUAACUUGGUUAAAUUUUCCAACAUGGCUGCUCGAGUCUUAACGCGUCACACUUUUUUCGACAGCAUCGAGUCAACAGAGAACGCCUACCGCGCGUCUCUGAACUUGGAUAUUGAGGUGAAUAUCAGUAGAAACGUGUGGUUGUUGUACGACAUUGAGAACAGUUCGUCAUAUCAAAAUGACACUAAGUAUUUCUUCCCACUGACAAUGUCCAUUCCCGAAGCAACAACAACGGCCGUACUCCUCUCCACUAUAAUGAUUUGUACGCUCUUUGGAAAUGUUCUUGUCAUCUUAUCGAUCUUCACCUACCGGCCUUUACGCAGCGUCCAGAACAUGUUUCUUGUUUCUCUUGCCUCCGCAGACAUCGCUGUUGCUAUCCUAGUGAUGCCACUGAAUGUAGCGUAUUCCAUCAUUGGUCGCUGGCUGUUCGGUUUGUGGGUCUGUGAGAUGUGGCUUACCUUUGAUGUUCUCUGCUGCACGGCGUCCAUUCUGAAUCUCUGCGCAAUAGCCCUCGAUCGAUACUGGGCUAUCCACGACCCCAUCGAUUAUGCCCAGAAGCGAACACUCACAAGAGUUCUCUUUAUGAUUUUCUUGGUGUGGUCCAUCAGCGCGCUCAUUUCUAUUCCUCCUCUGAUUGGCUGGAACGACUGGCCACAGAAUUUCACUGACACUACUCCCUGUAAGCUGACUGAGGAACAAGGCUACGUCAUCUACUCUUCGAGUGGAUCCUUUCUCAUUCCGCUAUUCAUCAUGACCAUUGUUUAUUUGAAAAUAUUUCAGGCUACAAAAAGACGACUUCGAAAACGAGCGAAACAAACACCCAAAGUAGUAGUUCCUAAAGCAGAAAUAGACAAUGGAAACCUUCUCAAACUUCAGACUCUCAAAAAGUGUGGAACAAACGUCAGCUUGGUAGUGACAACAGAAGAGGCUCAAGAUAAUGGUGAAGAGGAAGAUGUUGGAGAGAGGAUCCAGCAAGAUGAUCAGAACCAAGACAAUGGACACAGACCUGGAGCGGUACGUCAGUACUUAGAACAAAGGCAAAAGAUAUCGUUGUCAAAGGAAAGGCGUGCUGCCAGGGUGUUAGGCAUUGUGAUGGGUGUUUUUGUGUUCUGUUGGCUCCCGUUCUUCCUCAUGUACGUCAUCCUACCGUUCUGUACCACUUGUCAAAUAUCACAGAGAGUGGUAAACUUUAUUACUUGGUUAGGCUACGUGAAUUCGGCACUGAAUCCUGUAAUUUACACAAUUUUUAAUCCCGAUUUCAGGAAAGCUUUCCAAAGACUGUUGUGCUCCAAUUAAAACCGUAUACAACUGCAUUUAAUAUUUCAGA